AAAUAAAUAAAUUCCUGGGAAAAUGUUGGGUGACGGAGAGAGAGCGAACACGAUCUUCGGCAGGGCAAGAGAAGGGCGACAAGCCAACCCCCGCCCCACUUCGCAAUCUCUGGCGGAACGUACGAUUUCUUCAGGAGGCCGGUAGUUGGGAGCAGGUUUAGAUACUGAUCAUGGCGUGCAAGGGAUUCUGGGAAUGUUUGCUAAAGCUUUUGAAUUUUGUAUUGACGGUUACUGGUUUAGCAAUGGUGGGAUAUGGGAUUUACUUGCUGGUAGAGUGGAAUAAAAUUGCCGCUGGUGGCGGCGGUGACGACGCGGCUCCGCCGGCGAGCAACGAUUUGGAAUUCUUGAAGCUUGGGCGGCCUAUGCUUGUUGCUGUGUCCUUUUCAUCCAGUUUUCUUGACUAUCUCCCAAAAGCUUGGUUUAUUUAUUUGUUUAUUGGCAUUGGAGCUGUUGUUUUUGUCAUAUCAUGCUUUGGCUGCAUAGGAGCAGUGUCAAGAAAUGGUUGCUGCCUGUCUUUUUAUGCUUUCCUAGUGUUUUUGUUGAUCGUAGCUGAGUUGGCUGUUGCAGCUUUCAUAUUCUUUGACCAUAGCUGGAAGGAACUUAUCCCUGAUGAUAAAACUGGGAACUUUGAUGGAAUAUAUGAUUUCUUGGAUAGUAACUGGAAGAUAGCUAAGUGGGUUGCUCUUGGAGCUGUCAUUUUCGAGGGUUUUGUAUUUGUGUUAGCUCUUAUAGUAAGAUCUGCAAACAGACCAGCUGAAUACGACAGUGAUGACGAGCUUAUUGCUCCAAGAUCUACCAUCCGACAGCCAUUAGUGAAUCGGCAAGGAGCCGCAGCAAGUGGAGCACCUGUGCUUGGCAGUCUUGACCACCGUCCAAGCAGAAAUGAUGCCUGGAGCCAAAGAAUGAGAGAAAAAUAUGGUCUCGAUACUUCUGAGUUUACAUACAACCCAUCAGACCCAAACAGAUACCAACAAGCCACUGCAUCACAGACAGAAGAAAAGGGCCGCUGUACCAUUUUGUGACCAUCGCAGCUGUAUCAUUAUACGACUGUUCUUCUUCUGGGUGAACUUUUUUGAUGCACAGUGUCCAAGUCACAUCUCUUCUAUGUGAAGCUUUUAAGAGUUUUCCCUGUU